UUGGUUGCAGUAAACACGUAGCUUGCAGUAAACACUUGGGUAGCGUGUCAUGCCUGCAUGUUGGACUCGCUUUGGGAUUUGUGCGUCGCUCAUCAUGGAGCCGGACCAGUGAAUUGGCCACCGUAGUAGCCCCGAGCACAGCUUCACUUCACCACCACCAGCACUAGCACCACUACAGGCAGUGCCAGCUCCCUCAGCAGGCAACUUGCAGCAAUGAACAACUACACCGAGUGUCACUUGUGCUUCAUCAACUAUGAUAAAAACAGGAAGCGCCGGCCAAGGGCCUUCCCUUGUGGCCACUCGAGUUGCACCUCCUGCAUCACCUCCCUACUGGAACAGGGCACCGAAGGACACCUUACUUGCCCCACAUGUCGCGUCCAGCAUGCCAGCCCUAAAGCCACACACUUCUCCAUCAACCAUGACUUGGCGGGUCUGAUUCAGCAAGUGAGGAGACUUGAAGAGCAGCAGCAGCAGGCCUCAGAGAUCACAGGGAACCAGAAGGCUCCUAACCCUGUGGAUGCAGCGAUUAAAGAACUGUUGGAUUUAUUUGUUUCUUUGCAUUUCAAGUUAAGCACCAUGACAGCACAGAUUGAACAGGCCAAGUCAAAUACAUCACAGGCAAAGCACCAGUCUUUAAAGAACCAGCUGGGUGAGAUGAUGGCAGACAACAACGAGGCCAUUAGGAAGAAGGCAGAGGCCGAGGCCAAGUACCAGGGACUGCUGGACGAGAGCCACACCAUUGCAUCUCACCUGGCGGCCGUGGCGAAUCAGCUGGAGAACAGUGUGUCAGGCAGGGAAAAGAGAGCCAUCCUGAAUGUUGCUUACUCCCAGAUUCGGGAGAUGAAGAGGUGGAUGAAGAGGUCCGAGGAGACAGUUGCAAGCGAUACGACAGCUACCUUCUCCAACACGGUGCUGAAGUCCACACACAACAGAAUCAAGCGCAUGGCAGAGAAUUCUGGUGAUGGUGAGGGCAGUGCUUGUGGUGGUGGUGGUGCAAGUGGUCAAGUUUACUGCAGUCAGGUGACAGCUCUCCUGGAAAGGGUGCAGCACUCCCUGAAACGGCUGGCCACCUGUUCAUUCAUGCUGACACCAGAGAACCUUCGCACCAUGAACGCUGGCAUGAGGCAACUGCUGGAGGAGCAUAAGGUGUUUGGACUCUACAAGGAUUCAAAAGUGCGAUGCUGGUCCUCCCUGACUCUGGAGAAUGGCUGGCUGCACCUCUACCGCCUGCAGUGUCAUCCACCACCUUACCAGUCCUACACCAUCCAGAUGGCUCACUACCUGUGUGCCCCACCCUCAUCCCAGCUGGUGUUCCUGGACCUGGCGUGGCAUGGUAGGGUGCAGGGCCGAGUGUACAUUCAUCUGGAAAUGCGUUUGCCCCUUGCCAAACAGUUCCUGAUGCUGUGCUCCGGCCAGCAGGGGCCCUCCUAUGCUGGCACCUCCCUGCUGUGCGUGAACAAGCGGAACAGCCUGGGGGAAUAUGUGAAAGGCGGGGAUUACAACAACAAUGAUGGCACUGGUGGCGCCUCCCUCCUGCCACACCUGCAGGCCAAGUACAGGCCGUCCAGUGCUCCCGGGGCCGUGUGGGGGCCGUUUAGGUUUGAGGACCCCCGCGUGGCACAGUUUGCCAUCACCACCACCGUUCCCCGCGGCAACUUAGAGCGGGUCUUUGGCAGCGUGGAGUGGGGCAUGGGGGUGGUGCGCGCCGCUGUGAAUGCCAUGAAGAAACACACGGUGACUGUGCGGGAGUGCGGGGUGGUGAUCAGACCUUAGGAAUGGUAUUGAUAACUUGCAAAGUUUGUUGAAGUGUUUAUAUGAGUAUUCUAUCAUUUAGUUACCUGUAUUUCACUUGUGUCUCCAGCCAACACUCUAUUGCCACAAUUUUCUGGUUAGAGUACAAGCAAUUAUAACAAUAAUAAUGAGAUAAAGAAUUUAUUAGUGAAUAUCAAAUUUGCUUCAUGCAGUUAACUUUGCUUCCCUCAGCCACCACACUCUGCCACCAAUAUAAACAGUGCUUCCCUCAGCCACCACACUCUGCCACCAAUAUAAACAGUGCUUCCCUCAGCCACCACACUCUGCCACCAAUAUAAACAGUGCUUCCCUCAGCCACCACACUCUGCCACCAAUAUAUAAGUAGUGGUCAUAAUAACAUGCAAAACUUACUGAAACAUUUAUGUCAAACGUCUAUCAGUGUUAUUAACUCUAGUUUACUUUACAUGUCAUUCUAUUAAGCUUUUUUCUUACCACUAAGAGUAUUAAUAAUAAUAUGAACAAUGUAUUGAAGCAUUUAUAUUAAACUUACUGAUAUUAUUAACUUUA